AUGAGCUGCUUCUUUACACUGAGUGAACGUCAAGUUCAUGAAAUCCGUAAACGAUAUUUCGCUGCACUCCUAAGACAACAAAUGGCUUGGUAUGAUAAAAACGAAACUGGCGCACUUCUCAAUAAAUUGUCCGCCGGAAUAGAACGAAUCAAAGAUGGUAUAGGAGAUAAGGUCGGUGGUCUUUUGCAGGCUUCUACUCAUUUUGUCUUUGGUCUUAUUAUUGGGCUCUACUACAGUUGGCAAAUGACUUUGUUGUUGCUGUUCAUCGCACCAUUAAUAAUAUUUCUGAUAUUUGGGUCAGUUAAGACACUAGCAACUACGACACGUCGAGAGAUGCGUACAUACGAUGAAGCAGGCGCUGUUGCUAAUAAAGUUAUCAGCAACAUUAGAACAGUUACCUCUUUCAAUGCACAGUAUGCCGAGGUUAUCAGAUACAAAGAUCGUUUGAAAUAUGCGCGAAAAAUUGGUAUGAAAGGAGUGUUUAUUAUUGGUAUUACCAUGGGUUUUUAUGUAUUUGUAACCUUUAGUUCUAUGGCAGUCGUUUUCUGGUACGGCACGAAUUUAGUGAUGGAAGGUAAAAUUACACCGGGCACUGUGUUUACAGUAUUUUGGGCUAUAACGAUUGGCACAAUUCGUUUAGGCCAGGCGAUACCGCAAGUUGGGGUUUUUACUGCUGCAAAAUUAGCCGCUGGUGAAAUAUUUCAAAUCAUUGACAUGGAACCAAAAAUCAAUUGUAUGUCAUCACAUGGAUUAAUUCCCUCACACGUGGAAGGUCGGAUCGAACUCCGCGAUAUUCAUUUCUGCUAUCCAAGUCGACCGCACGUUAAGAUUCUGAAUGGCACAUCAUUUACAGUGAACCCAGGAAGUACGGUUGCUUUGGUUGGACAGAGUGGUGCCGGGAAAUCAACCAUAAUCGGAUUGCUGUUGAGAUUUUAUAAACAGCAGGCAGGAACAAUUACACUUGAUGGCAUUCCAAUUAGUGAUUUGAAUAUAGAAUGGUUACGCAACAAAAUUGGGCUUGUUUCUCAAGAACCGGUAAUAUUUGCUACAACAGUGGAAGAGAAUUUGAAAUUAAACAAUGAAGCGCUCACCGAAAAUGAUAUGAUCGAAGCUUGCAGGAUUGCAAAUGCUCAUGAUUUCAUCAUGAAACUACCAAAAGGCUACAAGACAUUGAUCGGUGUUGGCGGUGUACAAUUAUCUGGGGGUCAAAAACAGCGAAUUGCUAUUGCUCGAAUUUUAAUCCGUGAUCCGAAAAUAUUGUUAUUCGAUGAAGCGACUAGCGCACUGGAUUCUGAGAGUGAAGUUGCUGUGCAGCUUGCACUUGACCGGGUCCGAGCUGGACGUACCACAAUGACAGUAACACAUCGCCUGUCAACGAUACGUAAUGCUGAUCAAAUCAUCGUUUUCAAAAAUGGCGAAAUCAGAGAAAGUGGUUUGCACGAUGAACUGAUGGCGCUGGAUGGAAUUUAUCGCCAAUGUGUACAAGGACAGGAAACAGAAGAAGACAACAUUGAGUUUACCGAUAGCGAUGAAUCUCUUACGUCAUAUCAGGACGAAGACAAUGCACAAUAUCAGGACGAAGACAAUGCACAACAGCCAAAGGACGAGGAAGGUGGCAGCAAAAGAGCCAGCAAAAGGCCUCGUCGAAACGAAUAUCUUCGGAAAUCAAUUGUUUCUGUAAAAUCGCACCCCAGUGAAAUGCAUUAUGAAAAUGAAAA